AUGUCGUCGACCCAACCCAAACUCUCGCUUGCAGAGAAGUUCGACAUUCUCCCUGCGCUGGUCACCAUCUUUGUCGGCGCGACCUAUUCGCUUCUCACGGGAUUCUGGCGCAGCGAGCGUGAAGCCAAAACGUUGGCGCUGCAUUUUGGCUAUGCACUUUCCCGUCAGGCCACGGCCAGGUUGUCACCAAAGCAGAUGCAGGCCAUUCUGCCGUCGAGUAAUGACAUAUACAAGACAUACACCAAGCAGGCUGGUGUGCAGCCACUAUCGGUAGAUUUGGGUCAUGGCGCCCUCGGUCACUGGGUAGGCAACCCAGCUGCGAAGAACGUGUUGAUCUGGUAUCAUGGCGGUGGCUUCAGUCUCCCUGCGAACAUGGGAUACUACAAAUUCUACGCGCAAACCAUCGACAAUCUCAAGCGCGCCAAUAAAGAGAUUGCCAUCUUCAGCCUGGAGUACACCCUCGCACCCAUCGCCACAUACCCAACACAACUGCGUCAGGCUGUCGCAGCCGCGCGGUAUAUCAUCUCCGAUCUCAAGCACGAUCCCUCCACUGUCUUUCUCGGCGGUGAUUCCGCAGGCGGCAAUCUCGUCUGUGGUGUUCUCUCCCACGCCGCCCACCCGCAUCCUCAGAUUGAGCCACUCGAACUGAGUGGUCGCAAGUUCGCCGGCGCAAUAAUGAUCGCGCCAUGGACGCUCUUGGACACGGAGUUCCCGCCCGAGCGAAGGAUUUACCAUGGCGGAGACCUGAUCACGACGGCCGUAGCGGGUCCGUGGAGUUCGGCGUAUCUGGGGGGCGCGCAACGGGAUCAUUAUACCGAUUUAUACCAUGCGCCGACGGAGUGGUUCAAGACAUUCCCCGUGGAGAAGAUGCUGAUCACGGCCGGUGGGAAUGAGAUCAUGUUGCCGAUUAUUCAAGAGUUUGCGGACAAAGUGCAGACGGGCUUCCCGGAGGUGGAAUUGUUUGUGGGUCAUCGCGAGUGUCAUGUGGCGCCGGUGUAUCAUUUGGAGAUGGGGGUUGCGGAGGAGACGGAGCAGGGGAAGAAGAUGAAGUCGUGGUUGAGAGAGCUGGUUCAAUAA